AUUCCCUACCAGACCAUUGUUCAUUCCCAUUGAAUCAGCAAUCAGACCUCAUUGCAGUGCACAAGCAAACACCAUGCUCACCAUUCACCACCUCAGCGUUUCGCAGUGCGAACGCAUCCUCUGGCUCUGCGAAGAACUCGGCGUCGACUACAAAAUGAUCAAGUACAUGCGCGACCCCAUCCUGUCCCCGGAAUCGUUGAAGAGCGUACCCGGCAACCCUCUGGGUCAGUCUCCGUUCGUUGAAGACGAUGGCGGAGUGCAGUUGAGCGAGAGCGGAGCGAUUGUCGACUAUAUCAUCCACAAGUAUGGAGGCGGCAGACUGGCUCUCAAACCUGAUGAUCCACGCUACGCCGAGUAUCUCCAAUGGUUCCAUUACUCUAACGGCACGUUGCAGCCUGCCAUGCUCGACAUCAUGUUCGUCGACGGCUCGGGCGCUGGCAAAGACAAUCCGAUGCGGCAGAUGGCGUACUCCAGACUCGACCAGCGCUUAAAAUGGAUCGACGAGCAGCUUGCUUCCAACAAGUAUCUCGCUGGAGAUAGCCUGACUGCCGGGGACAUCAUGACGGUCUACAGCCUGACGACCCAGCGCUACUGGGGCCCGCAAGCCGAUCUGUCCCCCUACAAAAACAUCGUCCGCUAUCUGCAGGACAUUGCUCAGCGACCUGCGUAUCAGAAGGCCAUGGAAAAGGGCGAUCCGGAGAUGCAGCCUCUGUUGAGCGCCAAAGCGCCCGAGAAAGGACUGUUUGAGGUCGGCGGCGUGACUUCUGAUAUCUGGAAGAAGAAGUGAGGAGGGAAAAAGCGUGAUAUUAAGG